CUGCUCCGCGGUCGCCAUGGGAACCAGCUUCUCCGGAGCUGGGAACAGAUGCGCCUCCUUUGUCCCUUGCAGUCCCACCAGUGCUCAGCACCGGGGGACCUCCACCUCCAGGAGUCGUGACCUGUGCCCAGCCGCUGUGCCCUCCCCCUGCGCGGGACGGCGGUGGGGGGGGGGCUCCCACUACGAACCAUGGCCGAGUGGGCCAAGCCGGGGUGGAGCUGCACUUCUUGGGGCUGGGGUGGCCGCCUGCCCCCGUGAAUGGGGCUGACAGGGCGCCUGGGGUCCCUCCCGAGCCCGAUGCAUGGCCUGCGUGUCUCCAUUCGGAGAAGUGUUUGCCCUUCUCGGUGCGGAGCUCCGGGGCCUGGCGCUGCCUUGCCGGACCGGCCACACCGGCUGUGUGCCCGGGGCCGCCUCCCCUGCCGGGGGGAUGGGACAUGGAGGUCCAGACAGAGCCCCCCGGACUCGCCGGGCGGAGCCAAGGCGGGUGGAGGCGGCCUCUCCAUGAGUCACUGCCCCCGGUGUGGGCUCCUGCUCCCGAGACCCGGCUGGUUUGCAGUGGCUCCUGCAGGAGAAGUAGGCCUAGCUGGAGCUGACCGGGCCUCGUCCCCACAGGGCCGUCCUUCCCAGCUCAGAAUGCAGCCCACAGCCACCAUGGCCACAGCCGCUGCCACCACCACCUCUGCCACGGUAGCCCUGACAACGUCGUGGGACAACAGCACUGGACGCCCCACGGCAGAGGCAGACCCUGUCCUGGACAACUACGUGCUUCUGGUGGUGGUGAUGUCGCUGUUUGUGGGGGGCACGCUGGUGGUGCUGUCCGGCGUCCUGCUUCUCUGCAAGCGCUGCUGGGACGUCCACCAGCGCCUCAACAGGGCCAUGGAGGAAGCAGAGAAGACCACCACCACCUACCUGGACAAUGGCACCCACCCGGCCCAAGACCCCUACUUCCGGGGGGAAGACCCCGAGGGCCAGGAUGCGGAGACCGAGCGCUUCCUGUCCACCAGCUCCACGGGCCGCCGGGUCUCCUUCAAUGAGGCAGCACUGUUCGAGCAGAGCCGCAAGGCACAGGACAAGGGCCGCCGGUAUACGCUGACGGAAGGGGACUUCCACCACCUGAAGAAUGCCCGACUCACCCACCUGCAUCUGCCGCCCCUGAAGAUCGUCACCAUCCAUGAGUGUGACUCUGGAGAGGCCAGCUCAGCCGCCACGCCCCACCCAGCCACCUCUCCCAAAGCCACCCUGGCCAUUUUCCAGUUGGAUGCGGAUACCAGGAGCACCAAGGCUGGAGGGCCUGGGGCUGCAGCAGGGCCUGGGGAGGCAGGCCCAGGCUCUGGGGCGGGCACCGUGCUGCAGUUCUUCACCCGCCUGCGCCGACAUGCCAGCCUAGACGGUGCCAGCCCCUACUUCAAGGUCAAGAAGUGGAAGCUGGAGCCCAGCCAUCGGGCGGCCAGUCUGGACACAAGAGGUUCCCCCAAACGGCAUCACUUCCAGCGGCAGCGGGCAGCCAGUGACAGCAUGGAGCAGGAGGAGGCGGGCGCCCCCCACGCGGACCUCAUCCAGUACAUCGCCCGGGCUGGUGACACUGUGGCCUUCCCGCCCCCCCGCCCCUUUCUGGCCAGCCCCACCAGCCCGCCCCCUGCUCUCGGCAGGUAUUUUUCAGUAGAUAGAGGUGCUAGGGGUGGACCUGUGGGCCCUUGCCCCGAUUUGCCCCUCCCAGGCGGCCCAGGGAGCGCUCUCCAGACCCCGUGGACCUGGCCUCACCCGCCUCCAGCGGCAAGGCCCCUCCCAGAGGCCGACUCACUGGGGCCACCUCUCCAGCAUGGACCAGAGGAGGGAAGCGGGGAAGAGACUGGGCUAGAGGCGGCCGAGGCGGCGGUUGGAGCGAGCCCCGAGUCCCCCCCGGAGCGCGGCGCGGGCGGCGCGGGGCCUGAGCAGCCGCCGCCACCGGAGCUGGACGCCGAGCGCGACGCCGGCCCCGAGCAAGCCCAGACCAGCUACCGCGACCUGUGGAGCCUGCGCGCCUCGCUCGAGCUGCACGCGGCCGCCUCGGACCACAGCAGCAGCGGCAACGACCGCGACUCGGUGCGCAGCGGCGACAGCUCGGGCUCGGGCUCCGGGGGCGCGGCGCCCGCCUUCCCGCCGCCCUCCCCGCCCGCGCCCCGACCCAAGGACGGCGAGGCGCGCCGGCUGCUGCAGAUGGACAGCGGCUACGCCAGCAUCGAGGGCCGCGGCGCCGGCGACGACACCGAGCCGCCCGCCGCGCCCGCCCUGCCCCGCAGCCCCCGCGCCUGGCCUCGCCGUCCGCGCCGCGACUACAGCAUCGACGAGAAGACGGACGCGCUGUUCCACGAGUUCCUGCGCCACGACCCGCACUUCGACGACACGCCGGCCGCCGCGCGCCACCGCGCACGCGCGCACCCGCACGCCCGGAAGCAGUGGCAGCGCGGCCGGCAGCACAGCGACCCCGGCGCACGCGCGGCCCCGCCCCCCGCCCCGCCCGCCAGCGCGGCCCGCCCCGCGCGUGCGCCCCUGCGCCGCGGCGACAGCGUGGACGGCCCGCCCGACGGCCGCACCCUGGGCGGUGCCGGCGACGACCCCGCCAUUCCCGUCAUCGAGGAGGAGCCGGGGGGCGGGGGCUGCCCUGGGUCGGGCCUGUGCGUCGCGCCCCCCGGGGCGCUGCUGGACAAGCUGGCGGCCGGCCUUGACGAGAGACUCUUUCCGCCGCGCCUCGCCGAGCCCGCCGUGGCGCCUCCCGCCUUGGUCGCCGCCGCCCCCACGUCCCCCGACCACAGCCCGGCCUAAGUCCCGCGAACUGGGCCCAUCUCUCUGGCAGCUUCUCCGGCGCCGCGUGGGGCCUCGGCGACGGGAGAGAUGUGGGGGCGCGACGCCCAGAAGCGCAUGCGCUGGGACCGCGGGCUCUUCGCACACGCGCGGGGCGACGGAGUCUUGCGCGCAGCUCCAGGGCGCACGCGCAGGGCCCCGGCCGGUCUCGCGCCGUCGAAGUGCGCACGCGCACUGUUCUCUCUGGCGCUUGCCGGGCGGCGCGAGGCGCGGGGCGCGGAGACCCCGGCUGGGCGCGAAGGAAGGGGCGUGAGCGGCUCUCGGCUUCGGGCUCCCGAGGACCCCGUCCAUCUACCCUCAGUCCCGGACGGGGCGGCCACUCCAGGGACGCGCAGCCCACCGGGCCCGAUGGAGCCGCCGCGUGCGGGGCGCGUGUACGAGCUGGCCCGGGCUGGGGGCGAUGGCCGGGGGCGCCUGCGCCGUGACCGUUUACCUCACCGCGGCGUGUGCUGGCGGCAGCCCGCGCCCCCUCCGAGCAAUAACCGCGCCGCCGCCGGCCCUCGCGCGCCCCAGUCCCUGCCGCCCUCCGCAUGCGAACGGUGUCCGCCCCCCCCGUGUAGAGACGCGAACAGACCCACGCGGCCAGGCCACGCCCCCAGCUUUAUUUAUUGCCAAAUGUGGGCGGCGGCUCCUCGUGCCCCGCCGUGUCCGCACCGCCCACGAUGGCGCUGCCCGUGUUUUUUUUCCGUUGACGAUAAACGCUGACUGCGUGA